AUGAACUCUGGCACAGACUGUGCCGAGGGGCGGUGGGGCGAAGGAUGUCGCCAGCAGUGCAAAUGUGCAGGAUCAUCCCUGUGCGACCCGAUGAGUGGGGAGUGUUUCUGUCCCGCGGGACUCAAGGGCAGGAAGUGCCGCAGGGAAUGUCCGAGGGGCAGGUACGGCGUCGACUGUAAGCAGUGUAAAAAUGGUGGGACGUGUGACCGCGUGACUGGCCAGUGUGAGUGUCGCGACAACUACUAUGGCGCCACCUGCUCCCUCACUUGUCCCUCCGCCACUUACGGGCCAGGAUGUAAUCAGACGUGCGAAUGUGAGCAUGGCGGGGUGUGUGAUGCGACAGGGGCGUGCAACUGCCCAGCAGGGUACAGUGGCACGCUUUGCGAGAUCUCCUGCCAGCCCGGUACUAGGGGCCACCGCUGCAGCUCUCAGUGUCGCUGUAAAAACGACGCUGUCUGCCAUCCAGCUACUGGAGAAUGCCAGUGUGGGCUGGGAUGGACAGGACCAUUCUGCGACCAGGCGUCCGAUCCAGGCAUGUAUGGACCUGACUGCCGCAUGGACUGUGCCUGUCACCACAAUGUUUCUUGCGACCGCUUCUCUGGCUGCUGCGAGUGUGGUCCCGGCAGAUACGGGCGUUAUUGCGAGUUAGGGUUCUAUGGGGCGUAUUGCACUAGUGUGUGUGACUGCCGCAACGGUGCCACGUGUGACCCUAAGACUGGCCAGUGCCGCUGUCCCCCGGGUUUUAUGGGUGACACUUGUGGAGAAAUGUGUCCACAAGCAUGUGUGGAGGGCAAAUAUGGUCCCGGUUGUCAGCAAGUGUGUGAAUGUUACCAUGGCGGCAGCUGCCAUCCCGCCACUGGCCACUGUUCUUGUACCCCGGGUUGGCUGGGACCCACCUGCCGCGAGGAGGAUGUCUCCUACGUGACGACCAGCGACCAGCGUGGCCGAGCAGACAUCCCAGUGGAGCUGAGCUGA